AUGGCGGAAGUGGAUGGUGCGCCGGGAAGCUGGGGGCCACGGCGGUGGCAGAUAGGGGCGGCGGGGAACCUGGGAUCCAUGGCGGAGGAUGGAUGUGGAGGUCCGCGGCGGCGCGCGGGGCUCCACUGCCUGGCGGUGGUGUUCGGGGAUCCACAGCCCGGCAGCGCAAGGGGAUCUAGGGAUGGCGGCGACCAGCAGAUGGCAAUGGGCAUGGGUGUGGGCGGCGGCUCCGGUGGCCUGAAGAGCACGAUGGAGGGCGGCAGAUCAGGAACCGGCAGCACUAUGGGGAAGAUCAAAAUAACUAUUAAAACACGGUCGGCCUUAUAUAGGCCCGAUUGGAUCCUCGCGAGCCGACAUGAAAAAACAACACCCGCUGGAGACCCCGCCGUGCGCCUUCCCGGAGAACACCGUCACUGCGCGCCCUCCCCAAAGACCCAGCUGCUGCGCCCCUUCCUUGCGCGCCUCCGGCGUCCCACCGCCGCAUUCCCGCCGUGGCCGCGCGCGGCUCGGCGCCACAACCAUCGCCGGCGGAGAUCCAGCAGAGGUCCACCAGCUCCACGACCUCCACCUCCCACCUCCCAACCCCCGCCUACCCGCCGCCUCACCCAGCGCGUCGCCCUCUGCACUCUGCCACCACAUUCCCUGCGCCGCCGCCGGUGGGCAGAGCUUGGACGGGAUCCGAGCCUUCUUUCGACCGCACGCGCCUUCAACGCCAAAAAAUGUAGUCGUCGUCCCGCCUUCCUACCCUGUCCGCGGACCCACCUUCCUCCUCCGGCCGGGCGUCGGCGCCCCACCUUCCUCCUUCGGUCGGGCGCACUGCUCGUCUGCUGCUGCCCCACAACUUCCUCCGUCGCCUGCGUCCCCCGCCACCAGGAGCCACCUCCCAAAUCCAUGGUGACACCCCUCCACUCCAGCCUCGCGCUUGGGCCUGUGACCCUGCCUAUCAGCUGCUUCAGCGCAGUUGACUCCCCAGCCAUCCCGCUUUGGCAAGCCAGCGCCUCAUCGACCUCAAUCGCCUCCCACCCUUGCUCCCUAGUUCCCGCGCUGCACAGGCUAGAGCAGGCGAAGAAGGAGAAGACGUUGAUGCAAUGGUUCAGAUGCAGAGAAAUCUCAGUACAGGAAAGAGAAGCAGUGCGCUUUAUUUGUUGCACACAACCUGUUUGCUCUUAUGCCCAAGCAACAAAAAGAAAAGAAAAAAUAUUGAUGGAUGUGUCUCGGUAUUGUUGGUUGUGGGGGAAGGAGUACUGGUGAUGCUGCUCCAUCUCUCUUCGGUUGGUGUUUGUUUCCCACAACAUGUUUGUGUUAAUGCUUGGAAGGGUGAUGUUGGAUAGAGUACCGAACUAUGUAUAGUUAGUGAAAUUUUUAGCCCCUCCCAGUUGCCACUCAUCUCUCUCUCUCUACACUGAACUCUCUUGGGGAGGCUUUGAACUUCUUGGAAGUUGCACCAAAAUUAUCUGCAAAAGUAGUUUUUGUGCUUGGCUUUUGAAAAAAAUGUUGUUUGAGGCCACUUCUAUAUGUGAUGGAUCAAUUGGUUUAAGCAGUGCUGAACUAUACUUUGACAAUGUGUGAAAUACAGGCCCGCCCUCAUCAUUCAUCCAUAAUUUAUUGCUUGUUGAAAGAAACAAAACUAAGUUGAUGUAUUGCUUUCUCGUAUGUGAAUGAGAUUUCAUUUAAAAAAAGUAUAGUAGAAGAGAAAUUGCUUCGUUGUUGUGCUUGCACAACUAUGUAAUUUUUUGUUUUUAUUUGUUUUUGCGAAGGUGAAAAUGUUGUGUUUGAGAAGGUCAAAGUAUGUUGAGUACAUAUUGUUAUUUUUGCAACCACCGUAGCCAAACAAUUGUAAAUUUUAGUAUGAAUGUGACUCAAAGUUCUCUGGAAAAUCAGCAAU